UAUGACGUCAUUUUCAUGCGCAAUGAAACUAGGGGCGUUGAACAUCCGCCAUAUUUGUUUUUGCUUGGAAAAAUUCCUUUUGUAGGGUAAUUCUAUUCAUGUAAAAUCAACGCCAUCUGCAAUUUAUUGAUAAUUGCUUUCAAAUUUUGUGUUAAGGAGAAUCCGUGGAGUUUUAUUUUUAUUGUAUUAGCUUCCCUCAUAUUAAAAAAGCGGGGCAUAAAAUUGUUUGUUUACACCUAUCGCCAAAGCGGAAGCGAACAUUUUCUGUCAAAAUGGGUACCAAAGAUGACGAAUAUGACUAUUUGUUCAAGGGUAAGUAUUUAACUAAAAGAAUAAUUUAGGUUGCUUAUAAAUGUUAAAUUAGUUUUUGAGUUGUAGGAUCUGUUUUACAUAACCGAGAAUGGUCUUUUUUUAAAGUUGAGGUUGGAAAUAACGUAAAAACUAAUAGUAAGUUAUCGGUUUUCUCAACCAGGACUACUUAUGACUACUACGACCAGUUUCUAAUUCUAGGAGUACAGACUACAUAUUUAAUCUAUACAGAAGCUGACUAUUUCUUGAUUUCUAGUACUAUGUUGGUUACACUCAGAUAUUAACAACCAUCCAGUGCCUGGGAGUUAUGUUUAAACUACUCAGCAAAGUGGCUUGUAUAUAUUUAUAUUAUUAUUAUCAUUUCUGAAUUCUACUAUUCUACCUAGCCAUAUCUUCUAUGAACUAUGAUUCAAUUCAAUAAUAUUGAUUAGACAAGUUUUUGGUAAAUUCAGAGAAAGCCAAGUUUUUAUUCGGGAAGUAGUCAACUCUAAUAUACUUAGCUAGAGAAAUAUGGGGAGGACCAUGACCAUGUUUAACAGCAAUAAGAAAUAAACACUGGGUAAAAGAGAAAAACCAAAAGAAAGACAAUUAAAAUGGAAAUUUCAGCUAAGAUGCUUUGGACAGAAACAGAAUUAGGUUGCGUAGAUUUAGUUGGAAGGAAAUUUGUCAUGCCUUUUCAAUGACCUCAUUCUAAGGUUAUGUCUAAGCAAUCCCUAGAUUUGAAAAAAAGCCCUUUUACUUUUGGCUAAAGUGUAAAGUUUAGGCCUAAUAGUAUUAGCCUAUAUUCAUGAAGAGUAAGGCAAGGCCUAUCUCUAAAUUCUGAUAUGAGUCGAGUCAAUUAUUUAUUAUUGAAAUCAAAUAUACCGGGUAUCACUUAACUGUUCAGAACACAGACUUUUAUCACAUCUCUCUGUGUUAAAAUAUUUGAUGACAAAGUAGACGAAUGAAGAAACAUCAAUUAAUACAAAGUACUUCAAAAACGUAAGUGAUUACCAUUAAUGUUAUUGACAUUGAUUAUUGCCAGAAGUUGUUAUUCGGUAAUUUCUUCAUUUGUCCCGUCUGCUGAGGAAGGCUCUUAGCUGAAAUAUUCUUCUUUCAGUGUCCUGUGUUUCUGUUUCAAGCUUCCACAUCCUUUGUUCUACUAUUUAAAUAAAUUGCCUUUGAGGGUCAUUUUAAAAACUGUUGAAAAUAUGCUGAGGAUAUUAACUUAAGACAUAGAAUGAAAAGAAAUAGUUUCCAAUCCAUGAAAUUUUAGCCAUUUUUGUGUGUGUAUACAAAGCCAGGUUAAUAAACUCUUGUUUAAAACUGACUAUUUAACUAUGAAUGUACACAAGAGAUUUCAUGGUUCCUCUACAAGUUAUAAUAAUUAAAAUUAAAGGACUACAUUCAAGCCUAGUAAAUGAAAUAGAAAAAUGAGGUAUGUGGAAGCUUAAAUUAGAGAACAGAACAAAAAGAUUAGGAUGUUUCGGCAUAGAGUAUUCAAGGCUGACUACAUAAAAUAGUUGAUAAUUUAUGACAACAUUUUUUUCAAUCUUUAUUUCCUCAGUUGUUUUGAUAGGUGACUCUGGUGUAGGCAAAAGUAAUCUAUUGUCACGGUUCACUCGCAAUGAAUUUAAUUUGGAAAGCAAGAGUACAAUUGGUGUUGAGUUUGCAACUAGGUAAGAUUUAAAACCAACACUGCAAUAGUAUGACUCGUAUGUCUUGUUCACUUGACAUUUCUAUUUUUUUAAGGGUAAACUACAAUGUAUUGUUUAAUUUAACUAACUUAACCGCACACUUCCUAAAUUCUGCACCAUACGCUCUAUUUUUUAGUUCAUUAUUGUUAAAUUGUUUAAUGAUAUUUUUUUUCAAGUCUGUUAAAUUUUUAGGUAUUUUAAUUAUAUUAUUAAAAUGUUAAAUCCAUCCCUGUGGCACUACAGCCCACGUAGGGCUUUGGCCUGACUGACUACUUCCUUCCACUAAUGCUUUUCUUUUCCAUGCUUGGAUUCGCAGCAGUUGUAGAUCUUUUUCAACGACAUCCAUCCGUCUAAGAUUAAAAUGUUAAAACCACUCAAAAUUCUGGGGGGGGGGGGGGGGGCACCACACACACACACAGAAUUAAUAUAAUGUUACAGUGAUUUGACUGUCACUUAGUUAUUUCACUAGCUGUAUUUCUUUAUUUUUUUCGGGUUGGAAUUCCUAAAUCCUCAAACUUUCUGAGUUGUUGUUGAGUAGUUGUGCCUGUAUCACAUUACUGAGCAAAUGUGAAACCUUUUCAGAUAUCUGUAGCAGAAUUGAAAGAACACAUUUUUAUUAUUGCUUUAUUCUGUUUUUAUUUUACAAGGAGUAUUCAAGUGGAUGGAAAAACAAUAAAAGCUCAAAUUUGGGAUACAGCGGGUCAAGAACGAUACAGGGCUAUAACAAGCGCGUAAGUUAUAGUGAUAGCCAGUGGUCUCAGCUUUCCAAAAGGUCUAGCAUUAGGCUUGAAGCAAUGUGGUCAUUAAGGGUUUCAAAAUGACCAUAAUGUGCCGGAAAGCCCAGUUUCCUGAAAUGGUUACCUAGGUGCAUGUCACAUUAGGACAAAUUAUGUACUUUGAGCAAUUAUUUUUAACAAAUUUUAUUAGGGGGGGGGGGGUUGUGUUUAUAAGAAGUUAUUGUACCGGUAACCAAAUAUACAGUUUUUGGAAAAAAACGUGAUUUUUAUAGAAAGUUGACUACCGUAUCAAAAUGACCAUAAUGUGCCGGAAAGCCCAGUUUCCUGAAAUGGUUACCUAGGUGCAUGUCACAUUAGGACAAAUUAUGUACUUUGAGCAAUUAUUUUUAACAAAUUUUAUUAGGGGGGGGGGGUUGUGUUUAUAAGAAGUUAUUGUACCGGUAACCAAAUAUACAGUUUUUGGAAAAAAACGUGAUUUUUAUAGAAAGUUGACUACCGUUUCCCCCUUAACUCAUUCCAUACAGCAGAGUUACUUCCGUACUUAAUUUAUUUGCCUGAGAAAUUGUAAUUGAUUUACAUUAGUAAAAAAAAUUUUUAAGCUGCUAAUAUUAUUUAAUGUUAAUGAAUUAUGAACAAAUGCACCAAAAAAGGGAUGCGGAUUAAAAAAAUAUAACAUUAGUGGUGAAAAGAUAGCGAACAAUGAUCAAAAAUUUGAUUUUCGGCACCUUGGACUAAAGCACACAUAGUUUUGAAUUGAAACAAGAUAAAACUUUCCGUUUUUAAAUUGAAAUCACGCUGAAUUACACAAUCACCGGAAGUCUUGAGGGAUGCAAGAUUUCAUUGUUAUUUUUAAAUAGAAAUGAGAGAAGUGUGUCACUAUGCGCCGGGAUGCAUUUGGACACAUCCGUCAAAACCCCCUAAGGAGGCAUUUAGUCGCAACCAUCGGGAAUGAGUUAGAUUACCUGUGACUAAUAUGUUAUAUAGCAUACAGGUAUAAAUGAAAAGGCACAUUUUUCUUUUCCUUCCUUUUGUAUUUAUUUAUUUUAAAAUCUUAUGUUGUAUUAGCAGUUUGUGUUUUUAAAUAUUUGUUAUUUUUAUUAUUUCUGCAUUAUAUUUCAUUAUAAUUGCAAAGGAAAUAGAUUAUUAAUCAAUUAAAAUAAAAAAAAGUUAAAGGAGCUAAUUCACAUUUUAUGUAAGUAAACAUGUUAAGUCUGUAAAAAUAUUUUUACUCAUGUGACUAUUGUUUCUAAUAUCCAUCUGUACUAUGCAUGUCUCAGGUAUUACAGGGGAGCAGUGGGUGCCCUUCUAGUUUAUGACAUUGCCAAGCACUUGACUUAUGAAAAUGUAGAAAGGUGGCUCAGGGAGCUUCGUGACCAUGCAGACCAAAAUAUUGUGAUUAUGUUAGUUGGGAACAAGAGUGACCUGAGACAUCUUCGGGCUGUCCCGACAGACGAGGCUAAAAAUUUUGCUGGUAAGACAUUGAAUACAUUUUUUUAACAAAAGGAAUGUUUACAUUUUUAGUAAUUCACUUUUGAAGCAAAAAUAAUAUAUAAUGGCUUAGAAAGGGGGUCUCAAACUCAAAUCAUCCGGGGGCCGCAGGAGGUAGAGUUGAGUGAGACUGGGCCACAUCAAGUAUUCCACACAAAAAAGCGAUUUGCAUCUUCCAAAUUAAAAGGGAAAUAGUCAGCAAAAAGUUGAAAAGUCGCUCUGUCUGUUUUGAAAUCUUUAAAACGUGAUCAAAUUCUUCCUGUAGCUUUGCAAUAACCUCAGUAUACUUACUACUGACGGGGCGGUCCUAGUCCAUGAGUUUUUUGCAUGUUGGGAAAUGGCAGAGGUUUCUCUAAGAAUCAUAACACAAGUUUUGUACAGAAUGCCCUGACAUUGUUAUUGGAACCACUGACAAGCUACCCCAGGUUUGUAACUCCUUGUUGAGUACAUUCAGCUCCUUUGUAAUGUCAACAAGAAAAUCCAAGUCCAUGAGCCAUUUGGGAUCACUUAGUACAGGACAACAACCCCAUCCUUCUCCUUGAACGCUUUGAAGGCUAAAACCUGUUCAAACAGUAGGCAAGGGCAGGCAAUAUUUAUGAAUUAUUGAUGCGAUGGAAGAUGCUAUUGUAGGGAGAAUGAAUUUUAUUUUUAAUAGAAGAAAAUGCCUUUUAACUAACCGUAUUUUUAAAGUGACCAAGCUGACAGGCUCCAAAUUUCCCUCACUCGUAAACACUAGUGGCAAUUUUAAUAGUGAUUCUUUGAUACUGUGUCAGUUUGCUACGAUUUAUACAAUUAUGGUUGUGCAUUACACACUGACUUUUUAAACUUUUCUCAAAACUUACAUAAGGGGAGGUGUGGGUGAAAAAUCUAAAAUUUGUGUUUGGCUUCAUAUAGGAUUUUUUUUAACUACACCUUAUUUGGUAUUUUAAUGGAGGUACAAAACAGGUUUUCAAAAAAAAAAAAUUCCAUUGGUUGCCUUUGUAGCCCAUAAAAACCUCCGCCAUUUUUAUUUUUUUUAGUGUUUUUUAAAACACUAAGGCUUUUACAAAUAUUAAGUUAUUGCUAUCAGAUUUUAAAAAUAGAUUAUUUAACCUAUAAUAAAACUUUGUAUAACAGGACUUUUUGAUGUAAUGCCUGGUUAUAAAUUUACAGGGUCAGAAAUUGUGACCCCAUUUUUUAUGCAAAAAAUAGGGGUGUGGGUGAAUUCUUUUUUACAUAUUUUCUUUUCUAAGAUAGUUAUCUUAAUUCUAGGUUAUUCAAAUGUUUAUUAUUGGUCACUAAACAUACUGUGAAAAUUUGGUGAGGUUUGGAUAAUAAAUAAAAAAGUUAUAGGGAUAUUGGUGACCAAAAAUAUUGAAAACAAUAAAACUGAAAUAACGAAGAAAAACAACAAAAACAAUGAAAAUAUCAAUGAAAAAUAAGAAUCUUAUACCAAGAUUGGAAUAAAAACUUUUUAUUAGCCUAUUGUGGACAUUUUCAAUCCUUUUCCAGGUCCAUUUUUCUUUUUUCCUGACCACUCAACUUUUCACUGUGAUUGAUAUAUUUUUAUCUAUUAUUCUGCAUUUGUCGAAAAAAUAAUAAUUCGCUUAUUUUGGAGAAUUUCGGCAUUAUAAAAGUGUGCAAAAUCAUAAAAUUAAGCUAGGUAAAUAUGCAAUUCCAAAGAGUUAUUUGGCAUUGUCCAUGAAUGCUGAAAAUGCAACUCUUGGUCUUGUAAAGAAAAAAUUGUAAGUUCUAUGAGUUCUAAUGACGGAAUGAAUAUUGACAGUUGUAAAUUUUCUGAUUUCUAUCUCACAACUUUUGAAUCACUUGAGUUGCAACAUGUAUUUUUCCACAAAAGCAUAUUAACUGUUUUUUGUGUGAGCCAGAAAACUCAUGAGCAAUAACUCCAUUGUAAAAUCUAAUUAGUUACUGUAUCAAAUUUUGACACUCGUCAUGUUGAAAAUCACAUCGCAUAGAGAUACAAUGUUAAAAUAAGGGAAUUAUUGAUAUGUUCCUUUCAACUACUGUCUUAUUCUUUUUGUCCUUGAAUAACACAUAAUGAGUUUUGUGAUGUAAUCUGUGUUAGUCUUAUCUUGCAUCCUCUGCCUGAGGUUACUUUUAUUUCGAUGCAUCGAACAUAUGUUGCGCUGAGGAAUCUGUAACAUUGGAAUACACUUAGGGCACUCCUUCUUUUUCAUGUGCAUAUUGUCCUUUGGGCUAAAUGGACCUAGGCACAACAGAUCAGUGUAGUUUAUCAACAGGAAAUAUAAUGCAUGUUGUGGUUUGUUGUGUUCCGCAAACUCAUUGCACGUCUCCUCAAUCAUUCCUGAAAAAAAUAAACUUGUAGUUAGAUAUUUUUAUUAAAUGCUUCUCAAUAAAAAUAUAAGGCUAUAAUGAAAUUAAUGACUGAUAGGUCAUACUUGUUGACACGUAUUUCAAGCAAAAUUUGUUAGGGCUCUUACUUUACUUUAAAAUAAAAUAACACUAAUGACAAUGUUAUUUGGGAUGCAAUAAAAAAAAUGAGAAAUUUAUUACAUUUAAUUUCAUAUUACCAUUUUAAUAGCUAUAAAUAUAGGACAGUGUAAGACAAAUGUCACAAUAACUAAAUUCAUAAAUUGUUUAUAGUUUUAUUUUUACUACAGUUCACUUCACAAAAGAAACAGUGUUUAUUACUAUUACUCUAACUCUAAUAUAAUUUAAAAAAAAGUAUAAGUAUAGCCCUCAUUCAAUGGUCUAUAAUCUAUAGUGAGCACAGUAUAGGCUUAGCCUUAUGAAUAAUUGAUACCGUACUUUGAAUUUGAAUCUAAAUGAAAAAUAGAUUUUUAAGACUUACCUGGUAAGUCUAUGUUUUUCCUGCUGGUGAAGUAGCGUAGCGAUGCUUGUACUUGAAGCGACUAGCACUAUUGAUUAGGCUUAGUCUUAGUAGUUUAGUGUACUCAGUCUUAGUCUUCUCUGAAAAGGAGAAGCAUUAAUCAUGUUUAUUAUGGCAAUUAAUCAAAGCCAACUAAUUUUGUGUGGUUAUUUACUUAUUUAGUUGUUUUUUAACUCCUCAAAUGAAUUAAUUACCGACAAAUUACAUAUCGAACUUGCUCGGUCUCACGAAAUUAGAUACAGUUUGUUUAUACCGGAAGUGACCUUUACAAACAGAUUUCCUACACAGGAACCAAUCAAAAUGCUUAUUUUAUUCAAAGGUCAGGUUUUGAUCACGUGAUACACGAUGUAGGACAGGAAAAUACCAUAUUUUGCUAGACAUUACCGGCGAUCGAAAGGUUCGGUUGCUUUUGUAAUUUUCUUUGUGAUCAUAAGCUAUAUUUAUCUUGACCCCGAAAUCACCAUCUUCCCAACCAUACCAAAUACAUAGGGAUUGGGCGAUUCCAAAUACUCAUAACAAAGGGGUAAAAACACUAAAAAAAAAGAAGGAAAAUAUUGACAUUUUUCUGAUUGAUAGGAUCAGGAAAUAUGUAAUUUAUUAUAUUUUCUAACAUACUUUUGUAAAAACAAAUAUAAAAAUGUAAUAAAGAAAUGGUUAAUAAAACCAAAUAACUAAUAAUAAAAAAUUAUUCAAAAUUUGCCAUUUUCGUCAAUUUCUCACCCGCACCUCCCCUUAAGCCAUAUUUGUCGCAUAAAAUGCUAUAAAAUAAAAACAGGAAGUCUGAUUUAUUACAUUAUUAUUUACCAUUAUAAUCAACGUCGAAACAUAAAAUAAAAAUCAGAAUUAGACUAGUCGGUGAGAUUUUACUAAAACCGUCGCGGGGGGGUCACGUUGUAGAUAUGAGAAUGGGGAAAACGCGUGGGCCGCAUUAACAUUAAACUUUGCUGUCAUAUAGCGGGCAGCAAAAUACCCUCUUGCGGGCCGCUAGUUUGAGACCCCUGGCUUAGAAGAUUUAAAUUUUCUUCAUUAUAGAAAAUAUUCUUUAAAUAUAUGUAGUAGCUCACUGAAAAUGUUGGUGUGCUUUCUUAGAGGCAAACAUCCAUUUUUAAAAAAAAGUUUUGUUUUUUACAUAUUACAGUUUUAUAAUUUAUUUACAUUACAUGGUAUGCUAAACCUUUUCAGAUUUUUCAUUAUUUGUUUGUUCUACAUUAUUUUUGUAGUUUAGAAGUGCCAGUGAUAAAAAUUACAGACUUUUAAAAAUAAUUUAAUAAUUAAUUUGUGCAAAGUGACUCGGUCAUUUAUCAAAAGGUGCAGCACUCCACUCAGUAUCCUACCUUGAUGAUAAUUGGUAAAAAUGCAGAUCCAUUGGAAGUUAAAAUGUCACACUCUUCACACACUGUUAAGAAAAUCUAUUAUAUUUUUUAUGCAAGCCAAAAAAAAACAACCAUUCUUAAUUGGUUUAAAAUCAGAUUGGUACAACCAGUUAUCAUUUUAUUAAAAUGUUUGUCAAAAUUUAUAUUGAGUAAUUGUUAUUUCAAGUUAUUUUUUAAGGCUUAUCUAUAACUCUAAACUUAUUUUUCAAAACAACUUCCAGAGAGAAACAACUUGUCCUUCAUUGAGACUUCGGCAUUAGACUCAACAAAUGUGGAAUCAGCAUUUCAUAAUAUUCUUACAGGUACGUUGAGAUCUGAGAUAUUAUUAUUCUUGUUUUAUACUUUUUUUGUUUGUCUAAGUGUUUUAAAUUAUGUAUUUAUUUUGUGUAUGUUUAAAUUUUGCUGUCUGUCAUUCAUUGGGGUUAACUAUACAAUGUCAAAUCAUUUUCUGCAAAUAUUUGUCACACAAUCUUUUGAAUAUAUAUCCUUCGAUCAGCAAAUGAGAGAAUUUAUUCAUGUGUGGGUUUUUUUUGCUUAAGAAUGUUCUUUUAUUUUCCCAGAAAUCUACAAGAUAGUAUCCCAGAAACAAAUUCGAGACUCGCCUGAUGACGACAACUCUCCCAGCUCUAAUGUCCAGACAAUCACAGUGGCUCCAACUGUUAACAUGACUCAAGGCAAGAAACAGUGCUGCUCUUAAUGACUUGACUUUUUAAGUUAUCUAGUUCUCUUUUUCCUGGUUUGUGUCCUCCCCCCUUUUUUUGUGUGGAAAGAUAGCCUUGGAAUACUCAUAGAUGGUGUUUAAAAGAAACCUCACCUUAAUUGAUUGGCUUUUAAAAGAAUAUGAUUGAUCAUAUCACAGUAACCUUUGAUACAAAUAUUUAAAAGAACAUAAAAAAGUCCUCUAAAAAAUUAAUUAAUACACCAUCACUUUUACAUUCUAGAAAAUAGUGUGAGCGACGAUAAAAGUUUGUUGAUAAAAAGCUUUAAAUUUCUUGAUUCUCCUAGAAUAAAAUGAAAUUUCAGCCAGGGGAUACAUUUUCCCAAGUGAGCUGAGAUGGAAAUGUAAUAAAUAUUUAAUGAGAUAUACCUUGACCUCUUUCGACAAAAGAAAAAUGAGUUUUUCAUUCCCAAAGACCAGGCCUGAACAUUUCUAUAAUUUUACUUAUUUAUUAUUACUUGUACCUCUAUAUUUUUUAAGGAAAAAAAACAAAACCCUUGAGCAGGAGAUUAGAAACAAUGGGAUGAUUUAUAUAUCCCCUUUAUAUUAGAUAAGUCAUUAAGUUAUAUUUCACCAUUGAUCAUUUUAAAGAAAACUUGAAUGGCGCUAGCGUGAAUGCAACUUGUAGAUGCCCAGAGAGAGACUUCAUUAAAUUCAAAUACUUUUUUCAGUAUACGGAUACUGAAUGGACGCUACAAUCUUGAGGGCAUGAAAGUAAUGAUCUCAUGCCAUCAUGAAUUGUUGUUUAGACUUAGUAACGGUCUUGCAAAAUCUGAUCAGUCAGGUUGGAAAGUGAACAAAAGCACUCCUCUCCAACGACUUUGACCAAGUAGCAACUGAAUGGCUUGGAUUGAUUAUUUGUUGAAAUGUUCAUUUCAGCAUAGGAAUUUUAAACAUUAUUUCUUAAUACCCUCUUUUUUUGUCCCUUAUUUGAUUUCUACUGCAUGCAUCACAGAAGAAAUAUAUGAUGAAUGAAAAAUUUGUGUUUUUUUUUUGCUGUAAUGAUUAAUCUUUUCAUUUGUGGCCUGUUAAAAGCAUCAUUAUUUGUAUCAUGAACAUCAUUUCUAGCGGUUCAUUGUUUGCUGGGUUACAAUUGAAUGUCUUGAUGUAAAAAAAACAAAACAACAGUUAAAUUAACGCAGUAUACAGCAUGAAGAGAAGUAUGACAUGUUUGAAAGGAUUUUUUUGUUCUCUUCAAAAACCAAAUCAUGUAUAUGAUUUUGAUCAUUUUAUUUUUUUUUUAAAUGUAAGCAACCUGAAUUUUUGUUUUAAUGGUGUAAAUUGUGACAAAAAAAUGGGUGAGAGAAAUAUUGUUGGCAUUUUUUUCUUUUCUUCUUUCUAACCCUGUGAUAUAAAAGUUGUGGUGUGUUGUAAUCAUUUUCCCAUAAAGCAUUUGUAUGCUCAGCACGCUGGCAAAUAAAUGUGGGAAGGAACAAAAAACAAAACAACCGAGUUAAUUAUAGUUACAACUCAUGCUCGAGUUAAUUAUAGUUACAACUCGUGCCCGAGGAUUUAAAAUUACUUGCAACCUUCUGUAUUUUUUGGCUAUUCCUAACAUUCAAAUUUAAAUGAUAUAAUUGUUGUAAUCAUUUUAUAUUCUAGAAACCUCCAUCUUUUUUUUUUUUUUAUGAAAAAAGAAAGUUAUUGCAUGAAGAUAAAUGAAAUUUUCCUCAGGUGUUAACUGACAGGACGAUCAGUUCAUCAUGAAGAACACAUACGCGUUGUAUAGAAAUUCACAUGAAUUCGUGUAACAUAUUCAAUUUAGGAAGGGCUUACAAUGGGUGUGCCCUGUAGUGAGAGGGCAAAAACAAAAAAAAAAGUACUUACAUCGCUUGACUGCACAUUUUUUAAAAAUAAAGAUAACAAAAAAUUUUCUCUUUCAAAAAAAACAACAAAAACUUUUGUACGUAGCUCUUUAAUUUAAAGAUGUUCAACUCCCAAACUCUUCGUCAGAAAUUGCAUGAUGGCCACUGAAGUUUAUGUGCACUUUUUAUUUUAAAUGCAUACAGCAGUGGUGAUAUAUGACAGGAGUAAGCCCCACUGUGGGCGGCAAAGAAGUUCUUUCUCUUUUUAUUUCUAUACAAGUUGGAUCUCACUUACAAAACAUCCCAAAAGUUGAAAAUGUCUGCUUGAGGGACAUGUGCCUCCUCCCCAGUCCACCGUUAGUAUUGUCCACUACCAUCUUCUGGGGUUAUUUGGCCACGCGAAAUCUUUCAGUGGUUAUCUUGGACCACUUAAAAUGGCUAUUCACGACGUUGGGUUUUGACUUAUCCGCUUGCAUCACAAACACGUUACAGAACUUAUUAUUUUUUUGGGGACCAAUGAAUAUUUUUCUUGUUGUUCUCAAGUCAGUAAAUUUUGCAGUGUAUCAUUUUUUGUCUUUGUCUUUAUUUUCUGGCAGGACUAGACUAUGGGUAGCCUUAAAUAAAAAGAAGGGGGUAAACCGCCUGAAUUUUACCUAAAUGAAAUUUCAUGUAUCAAUUUUGACUCCAUCCACUAAAAGAGCCGGGUCCAGUAUUAAUAAUUUUUUAGACGUGGGGUUUUAAGAUUUUCCCAUUAUUUGAUUUCUUUAGUUGAGUCCUGUCACAAUGAUUAAAUACCGGCAUUUAACAUGGGCAUCACCAAUAAAAGACUUCACUGGCUUGUUCUUUGAAAACAAAACCCAGAGAUACUCGACCAAGAUUUGUAGGCUGGGCAAGAAAAGAAAAAAAGCCUGUAAGUGGUUUUCUAUAUAUCCUAAUUUUAAAAAUACCAACGCCCGUUACUUAGGUUAACCAAACACGUGUUUGUACCAGCACAGUUUUGUAGAGUGUGUUUGUACCAGCACAGUUUUGUAGAGCGUCUGUUAUUAAAAAAAAACAAGCUUGCUUUGUUAUGGUUGUAUUGAUUUUUGAAUAUUUGAUCAGUAGUGAUGAAUGUUGAUCUUUGCUUUGUUUUUGUUUUUUCUUCUUCUUUCUCGCACAACCUUUUUCACUUUUCAAUCGUAAGAGCGUUUAUUAACUACUACCAUUCAUGAUUGUUCACCUGAAAUUAUGUUUUUUUUCUUAAUGACUCUGUAAUAAUGUUUAGCAUGCUUUGAUAAUGCAAGGGGCAGGCUCUGGUGGGAAUACAUGUCCACCGUAGUGAUCUACCUGUGUCCACUGUAGUGGUCUACAUGUCCACAAUAGUGGUCAGUGCUGCACAGAUUUCAUAGCCACCAAGGGUUUAAUUGUCAGGGUAUUUUUGCAGUGUUAAUAUUUUGUGUGUAAAAAGCUUUAUUCCGUGCACAAAAUCAAAUUGCAACUAUCAGUUUAUUCUCUUUUAAAAAAUAAAAAAAAGACACAAACAUGUUUUCGAUCUUAAGCUAGAAAUGUGUCAACAUAAAGCACUGUACGAUGUUUUGCUGAUGUUCCAAUUAAAAUCAUGCCUAUAGAGAUGGGUAGUGCUGCAUACAUUUUUUUUUAAAAACAAGCUUUACUUUAACAUCCUGUUUGAGGAGCACUGAAUGCCCAACUGGGCAUACCAGAAAUGAGAUUUUUUAAAAAAUUAUAUCCAUGGAUUUUUCUUAUUGGAUUGUUCUGCCUGUGUCCAUCCGUAACCAAACAGCGCUUUCAGAUAUCGUUUAAAAAAAACAACAAAAAAACUUGAUGUCCCGUGUCUUAGCAUUACGCGCCGAAGCUAUCCUAUGUGUGUGCCUGCUUGUAUUUAACUUAAUUCACUCAUAAGUGCGUAUGUCAAACUAUGCUUGUCCAUCGUACGUGGUGGGUGUGUGCAAGCCGUACGUCUGAUUCAUGUAAAUGGUACCGGGGGGUGUUGGUAUUGUACAGUUAAUCCAAGGCUAUUUAGCAGUCAUAUCCUGAGUAUAUUCAAUGUGUACAGUAUACAUACGAGAUGUACAAGCCUCUCUGCUAACAGGGUUUUGAAACUCUCCAUCCUGACGGCUACGUGUUUGUCUUAUUCUAGGUAAAAUGGACAGAUAAAUCAUGAUUAUCACUUUUUUUUUUUAAUUCUCAUAUACUUUCCCAUAUAAAAUUGACUUGGGUGCGGGGCCGAGCACCUUCCCGGAAAGUAUGUACACAUCAAGACUUGAAAAAAAAAGACCUUUUUUUUUUAAUGGAUUAUUUAAAUGAAAGAUACAGCCUCUCAUUUUUGAAUUUUGAAAACUGCAAAUUAAAAUUGAACAAAACCAUAAAUUUGCAAUAGUGUUGAACCAUUUUUGAGAGGCACUUUGUUAAGGGCCUGUAUACUGUUUUUAAAAAGACUUUUAAGUUAGAUUUCUUGAACAGAUGAAUGUUGAUUUUUUGGCCUGUAGUUUGUCCAUUAAAAAAAAAUUGCGAUAGAUAUGUGUAGCAAUGAGCAAGGAAGCCAUUAUUUAUUUAUUUUUUUUUCCUUUUGAAGAAUGUGUACAUGUUUGUCAUAUCUUUGAGUAAAUAAACAAUAAAUUGCAACAAAUGUAAACUGAUUGUAAGCCUC